AUGCACCUCCACAAACAGUUAUCUGACAGUGCUGGCAUGCUGGUAACUGGGAACAGUGCAGCCAAGCCCACGCCUGCCGUUGACUUUGGCAACAAAGAUCAAGGCCAGGCACACAACCAGCACAUGGAUGCCGGGACGAUACGCUACGCGUGUACAAGCCCAAGAGAGCAGCCCAGAAGAGAGGCGCAGAAGAGGGGCUGGGGAGAACGGGAACACGGGCAAGGUGUGACCCGACAUGAGGACGGCCACUGGAAUCAGCGUGGCCUGGAACUCGAUCACAGGACCAGGUCCAAAGGAACAUAG